GCUGUUGCUGAGGCUGAGAUUUGGCCGCCGCCUCCCCCACCCGGCCUGCGCCCUCCGCGGCCCGGCCCGGCCCGCGCUCCUGCGCUCCGGAGCUCGCUCGCUCGCUCGCUCGCUCGCAGUCGCCGGCCGGACCCCCUCGGCCUCUGCUGCCUGCCGGCCGGCCGCCCGCGCUCGGGGCGCAUCCCGCGAAGCAGGUGAAGAUGGCCGAGAACUUGCUGGACGGACCGCCCAACCCGAAACGAGCCAAACUCAGCUCGCCCGGCUUCUCAGCGAAUGACAGCACAGAUUUUGGAUCAUUGUUUGACUUGGAAAAUGAUCUUCCUGAUGAGCUGAUCCCCAAUGGAGGAGAGUUAAGCCUUUUAAACAGUGGGAACCUGGUUCCAGAUGCUGCUUCCAAACAUAAACAACUGUCGGAGCUUCUUCGCGGUGGCAGCGGCUCUAGUAUCAACCCAGGAAUAGGAAAUGUGAGCGCCAGCAGCCCUGUGCAUCAGGGCCUUGGUGGCCAGGCUCAAGGGCAGCCGAAUAGUACAAACAUGGCCAACUUGGGUGCCAUGGGCAAGAGCCCUCUGAACCAGGGUGAUUCAUCAACCCCUAACUUGCCCAAACAGGCAGCCAGCACCUCGGGACCCACCACCCCAGCUUCCCAGGCACUGAAUCCGCAAGCACAAAAGCAAGUAGGGCUGGUGACUAGUAGCCCUGCUACGUCGCAGACUGGACCUGGGAUCUGUAUGAAUGCUAACUUUAACCAGACCCACCCGGGCCUUCUCAAUAGUAACUCUGGCCAUAGCUUAAUGAAUCAGGCCCAACAAGGCCAGGCCCAAGUCAUGAAUGGAUCUCUUGGGGCUGCUGGCAGAGGAAGGGGAGCUGGAAUGCCUUACCCUGCUCCAACUAUGCAGGGAGCCACUAGCAGUGUGUUGGCUGAAACCUUAACACAGGUUUCCCCGCAAAUGGCCGGCCACACGGGACUGAACACAGCGCAAGCAGGAGGCAUGACUAAGAUGGGAAUGACUGGUAACACAAGUCCAUUUGGACAACCCUUUAGUCAAACUGGAGGGCAGCAAAUGGGAGCCACUGGAGUGAACCCUCAGUUACCCAGCAAACAAAGCCUGGUUAAUAGUUUGCCUGCCUUCCCUACAGAUAUCAAGAAUACUUCAGUCACCAAUGUGCCAAAUAUGUCACAGAUGCAAACAUCAGUGGGAAUUGUACCCACACAAGCAAUUGCAACAGGUCCUACUGCAGAUCCUGAAAAACGCAAACUGAUACAGCAGCAGCUGGUUCUACUGCUUCAUGCUCAUAAAUGUCAGAGACGAGAACAAGCAAACGGAGAGGUUCGGGCCUGCUCUCUCCCACAUUGUCGAACCAUGAAAAAUGUUUUGAAUCAUAUGACACAUUGUCAGGCUGGGAAAGCCUGCCAAGUUGCCCAUUGUGCAUCUUCACGACAAAUCAUCUCUCAUUGGAAGAACUGCACACGACAUGACUGUCCUGUUUGCCUCCCUUUGAAAAAUGCCAGUGACAAGCGAAACCAACAAACCAUCCUGGGGUCUCCAGCUAGUGGAAUUCAAAAUACAAUUGGUUCUGUUGGGACAGGGCAACAGAAUGCCACUUCUUUAAGUAACCCAAAUCCUAUAGACCCCAGCUCCAUGCAGCGGGCCUAUGCUGCUCUUGGACUCCCCUACAUGAACCAGCCCCAGACGCAGCUGCAGCCUCAGGUUCCUGGCCAGCAACCAGCACAGCCUCCAGCCCACCAGCAGAUGAGGACUCUCAACCCUCUGGGAAACAACCCAAUGAACAUUCCAGCAGGGGGAAUAACAACAGAUCAGCAGCCACCAAACUUGAUUUCAGAACCAGCUCUUCCAACGUCGUUGGGUGCUUCCAACCCACUGAUGAAUGAUGGUUCAAACUCUGGUAACAUUGGAAGCCUCAGCACGGUACCUACAGCAGCACCUCCUUCCAGCACUGGUGUUCGGAAAGGCUGGCACGAACAUGUCACUCAGGAUCUGCGGAGCCAUCUAGUGCAUAAACUUGUCCAAGCCAUCUUCCCAACCCCUGACCCCGCAGCUCUGAAGGACCGUCGCAUGGAGAACCUGGUUGCCUACGCUAAGAAAGUGGAAGGAGACAUGUAUGAGUCUGCCAACAGCAGGGAUGAAUAUUAUCAUCUAUUAGCAGAGAAAAUCUAUAAAAUACAAAAAGAACUAGAAGAAAAACGGAGGUCACGUUUACAUAAGCAAGGCAUCUUGGGAAACCAGCCAGCUUUACCAGCCCCCGGGGCUCAGCCUCCUGUAAUCCCACCAGCUCAGUCUGUGAGACCUCCAAAUGGACCUCUACCCCUGCCAGUAAAUCGGAUGCAGGUUUCUCAAGGGAUGAAUUCAUUUAACCCAAUGUCUUUGGGAAAUGUCCAGUUGCCACAAGCACCGAUGGGUCCACGUGCUGCCUCCCCCAUGAGCCACCCUGUCCAGAUGAGCAGCAUGGCCUCAGUCCCAGGGAUGGCCAUUUCUCCUUCUCGGAUGCCUCAGCCUCCGAACAUGAUGAGCGCACAUGCCAACAACAUGAUGGCCCAGCCACCCACUCAGAACCAGUUUCUGCCACAGAGCCAGUUCCCAUCAUCCAGUGGGGCAAUGAGUGUGAACAGUGUAAAUAUGGGGCAGCCAGGGGCCCAAGCAGGAGUGUCACAGGGUCAAGUGCCUGGUGCAGCUCUUCCUAAUCCUCUGAACAUGCUGGGGCCCCAGACCAGCCAGCUGCCUUGUCCACCAGUGACGCAGUCACCCUUGCAUCCGACACCACCUCCUGCUUCCACAGCUGCUGGCAUGCCCGCUCUCCAGCACCCGACCCCACCUGGGAUGACACCUCCCCAGCCAGCAGCUCCUGCUCAGCCAUCUCCUCCUGUAUCGUCUUCUGGGCAGACUCCCACCCCAACUCCUGGCUCAGUGCCCAGUGCUGCCCAAACCCAGAGCACCCCUACAGUCCAGGCAGCAGUGCAGGCCCAGGUGACCCCACAACCUCAAACCCCAGUUCAGCCCCCGUCUGUAGCUACCCCUCAGUCAUCCCAGCAGCAGCCGACACCUGUGCAUACCCAGCCUCCUGGCACACCGCUUUCUCAAGCAGCAGCCAGCAUUGAUAACAGGGUCCCCAGUCCCCCUUCAGUGACCAGUGCUGAAACCAAUUCCCAGCAGCCGGGACCUGAUGUACCAGUACUGGAAAUGAAGGCAGAGGUCAAGACUGAAGACACGGAGCCCGAGCCUGAAUCUAAGGGGGAGUCUCGACCUGAGAUGAUGGAGGAGGAUUUACAAGGAUCUUCCCAAGUUAAAGAAGAAGCAGACAAUGCAGAGAAGAAAUCAGAACCAAUGGAAGUGGAGGAGAAGAAACCUGAAGUAAAAGUGGAAGCUAAAGAAGAAGAGGAGAAUAGCACUAACGGCGCAGCCUCUCAGUCAACAUCCCCGUCCCAGCCACGCAAAAAAAUUUUUAAACCUGAGGAGCUACGCCAAGCACUUAUGCCAACCCUAGAAGCGCUCUAUCGACAGGACCCAGAGUCCCUACCUUUUCGGCAGCCUGUAGACCCCCAGCUCCUAGGAAUUCCAGAUUAUUUUGACAUUGUGAAGAACCCCAUGGACCUUUCUACCAUCAAACGGAAGCUGGAUACAGGGCAGUACCAAGAGCCCUGGCAGUAUGUGGAUGAUGUCUGGUUAAUGUUCAACAAUGCCUGGCUGUAUAAUCGUAAGACGUCCCGGGUCUAUAAGUUUUGCAGUAAACUUGCAGAGGUCUUUGAGCAAGAAAUUGACCCUGUCAUGCAGUCCCUUGGAUAUUGCUGUGGACGCAAGUAUGAAUUUUCCCCGCAGACUUUGUGCUGCUAUGGGAAGCAGCUGUGUACAAUUCCUCGAGAUGCAGCCUACUACAGCUAUCAGAAUAGGUAUCAUUUCUGUGAGAAGUGUUUCACAGAGAUCCAGGGCGAGAAUGUGACCCUGGGUGACGACCCUUCACAACCACAGACGACAAUUUCCAAGGAUCAAUUUGAAAAGAAGAAAAAUGACACCUUAGACCCUGAACCUUUUGUCGAUUGUAAAGAGUGUGGUCGGAAGAUGCAUCAGAUUUGUGUUUUGCACUAUGACAUCAUUUGGCCUUCAGGCUUUGUGUGUGACAACUGCUUGAAGAAAACUGGCAGACCUCGAAAAGAAAACAAAUUUAGUGCUAAGAGACUGCAGACCACACGAUUAGGAAACCACUUGGAAGACCGAGUGAACAAGUUUUUGCGACGUCAGAAUCAUCCUGAAGCCGGAGAAGUUUUUGUCAGAGUAGUCGCCAGCUCAGACAAGACUGUGGAGGUCAAGCCUGGGAUGAAGUCACGGUUUGUGGAUUCAGGGGAAAUGUCGGAAUCUUUCCCAUAUCGAACCAAAGCACUUUUUGCUUUUGAGGAAAUUGAUGGAGUGGAUGUGUGCUUUUUUGGAAUGCACGUGCAGGAAUAUGGCUCUGAUUGUCCCCCACCAAAUACAAGGCGUGUGUACAUAUCUUAUCUGGACAGUAUUCAUUUCUUCCGGCCACGUUGCCUCCGGACAGCCGUUUACCAUGAGAUCCUUAUUGGAUACCUGGAAUAUGUGAAGAAAUUGGGGUAUGUAACAGGGCACAUAUGGGCCUGUCCCCCAAGUGAAGGAGAUGACUACAUCUUCCACUGUCACCCCCCUGAUCAAAAAAUCCCAAAACCAAAACGACUACAGGAGUGGUACAAGAAGAUGCUGGACAAAGCAUUUGCAGAGCGGAUCAUUCAUGACUACAAGGACAUACUCAAGCAGGCAAAUGAAGACAGGCUUACAAGUGCCAAGGAACUGCCAUAUUUUGAAGGAGAUUUCUGGCCCAAUGUGUUGGAAGAGAGCAUCAAGGAGCUAGAACAAGAAGAAGAAGAGAGGAAAAAAGAGGAGAGCACUGCAGCUAGCGAGACCCCUGAGGGAAGUCAGGGUGACAGCAAGAAUGCCAAGAAAAAGAACAACAAGAAGACCAACAAGAAUAAAAGCAGCAUUAGCCGUGCAAACAAGAAGAAGCCCAGUAUGCCCAAUGUGUCAAAUGACCUGUCCCAGAAGCUCUAUGCCACCAUGGAGAAGCACAAGGAGGUCUUCUUUGUGAUUCACCUGCAUGCUGGGCCUGUCAUCAACACCCUGCCCCCCAUCGUGGACCCUGACCCCCUGCUCAGCUGCGACCUAAUGGAUGGACGUGAUGCCUUCCUCACCCUGGCCAGAGACAAACACUGGGAGUUCUCUUCCUUGCGCCGCUCCAAGUGGUCCACGUUGUGCAUGCUGGUGGAGCUGCACACCCAGGGUCAGGACCGCUUCGUCUACACGUGCAACGAGUGCAAACACCACGUGGAAACACGCUGGCACUGUACCGUGUGUGAGGACUAUGACCUUUGUAUCAACUGCUACAACACCAAGAGUCACACCCACAAGAUGGUGAAGUGGGGCCUGGGCCUAGACGAUGAGGGCAGCAGCCAGGGCGAGCCACAGUCCAAGAGCCCCCAGGAAUCCCGGCGCCUGAGCAUCCAGCGCUGCAUCCAGUCCCUGGUGCACGCCUGCCAGUGCCGCAACGCCAACUGCUCGCUGCCGUCCUGCCAGAAGAUGAAGCGGGUGGUGCAGCACACCAAGGGCUGCAAGCGCAAGACCAACGGGGGCUGCCCCGUGUGCAAGCAGCUCAUCGCCCUCUGCUGCUACCACGCCAAGCACUGCCAAGAAAACAAAUGCCCUGUGCCCUUCUGCCUCAACAUCAAACACAAGCUCCGCCAGCAGCAGAUCCAGCACCGUCUGCAGCAGGCCCAGCUCAUGCGCCGGCGGAUGGCCACGAUGAACACCCGCAAUGUGCCUCAGCAGAGUUUGCCUUCUCCUACCUCAGCACCGCCUGGAACCCCCACACAGCAGCCCAGCACGCCCCAGACGCCACAGCCCCCGCCCCAGCCCCAGCCCUCGCCAGUGAGCAUGUCACCAGCCGGCUUCCCCAGUGUGGCCCGGACUCAGCCUCCUACAACAGUGUCCACAGGGAAGCCCGCCAACCAGGUGCCGGCCCCCCCUCCCCCUGCCCAGCCCCCACCUGCAGCGGUAGAAGCGGCCCGGCAGAUCGAGCGUGAGGCCCAGCAGCAGCACCACCUAUACCGAGUGAAUAUCAACAAUGGCAUGCCCCCAGGGCGUACAGGUAUGGGGACCCCUGGAAGCCAGAUGGCCCUGAAUGUGCCCCGGCCCAACCAGGUCAGUGGGCCUGUUAUGCCCAACAUGCCACCCGGGCAGUGGCAGCAGGCACCCAUUCCCCAGCAGCAACCAAUGCCAGGUAUGCCAAGGCCUGUGAUGUCUAUGCAGGCCCAACCAGCUGUGGCUGGGCCGCGGAUGCCCAAUGUACAGCCGCCCAGGAGCAUCUCACCCAGCGCCCUGCAAGACUUGCUACGGACCCUGAAGUCUCCCAGCUCCCCUCAGCAGCAGCAGCAGGUGUUGAACAUCCUCAAAUCCAACCCACAGCUCAUGGCAGCUUUUAUCAAACAGCGCACAGCCAAGUAUGUGGCCAAUCAGCCCGGCAUGCAGCCCCAGCCCGGCCUCCAGUCCCAGCCCGGCAUGCAGCCCCAGCCCAGCAUGCACCAACAGCCUGGCUUGCAGAACCUGAAUGCGAUGCAAGCUGGCGUGCCACGGCCUGGUGUGCCUCCGCAGCAGCAGGCAAUGGGAGGCCUGAACCCCCAGGGCCAGGCCCUCAACAUCAUGAACCCAGGCCACAACCCCAACAUGGCAAGUAUGAAUCCGCAGUACCGAGAGAUGCUGAGGAGACAGCUCUUACAGCAGCAGCAGCAACAGCAGCAGCAGCAACAGCAGCAGCAGCAGCAGCAGCAGCAGCAAAACAGCGCCAGUAUGGCCGGGGGCAUGGCCGGGCAUAGCCAGUUUCAGCAGCCACAAGGACCUGGAGGCUACGCCCCAGCCAUGCAGCAGCAACGCAUGCAGCAGCAUCUCCCCAUCCAGGGCAGCUCCAUGGGCCAGAUGGCCGCUCAGAUGGGACAGCUUGGCCAGAUGGGGCAGCCUGGGCUGGGGGCCGACAGCACCCCCAACAUCCAGCAGGCCCUGCAGCAGCGGAUUCUGCAGCAGCAGCAGAUGAAGCAGCAGAUUGGGUCCCCGGGCCAACCUAACCCCAUGAGCCCCCAGCAGCACAUGCUCUCAGGACAGCCGCAGGCCUCCCAUCUCCCUGGCCAGCAGAUCGCCACAUCCCUUAGUAACCAGGUGCGAUCUCCAGCCCCUGUCCAGUCUCCACGGCCCCAGUCCCAGCCUCCACAUUCCAGCCCGUCACCACGGAUACAGCCCCAGCCUUCACCACACCACGUCUCUCCCCAGACUGGUUCCCCUCAUCCUGGACUGUCGGUCACUAUGGCCAGCUCCAUGGAUCAGGGACACCUGGGGAACCCCGAACAGAGUGCAAUGCUCCCUCAACUGAACACACCCAGUAGGAGUGCACUGUCCAGUGAACUGGCUCUGGUCGGUGACACCACGGGAGACACUCUAGAAAAGUUUGUGGAGGGUUUGUAGCAUUAUGAGAGCAUCACUUUUUCCCCUUUCACGUUCUUGGACCUUUUGUACUGAAAAUCCAGGCAUCUAGGCUAAUCUUUUUACCCCUAGAUGGGACUGCGACUUCCAAGCUAUGGAAGGGUGGAUUGAUGUUUAAAGAAACAAUACAAAGAAUAUAUUUUUUUGUUAAAAACCAGUUGAUUUAAAUAUCUGGUCUCUCUUUUUUUCCCCGUUUUGUUUUUGUUUGGGGGGGAGGGGUCGUUUGGAUUCUUUUUGUCGACAUUGCUGGUGACUCAUGCCUUUUUUUAAAUGGGAAAAACAAGUUCAUUAUAUUCAUAUUUUUUAUUUGUAUUUUCAAGACUUUAAACAUUUAUGUUUGAAAGUGAGAAGAAAAAUAAUAUUCGGAAACUGGUUCCUGAAUUAAUGCAUCUUAUAAUGUAUCCCGGUAACUGUCUUGACGUUGCGGGAAGAUUUUUUUCUAUAGUGAACUCUGUGGGCAUCUCCAAGUAUUACCCUGGACGAUAGGAAUUGACUCCGGCGUGCACACACGUACACACCCACACACAUCUAUCUAUACAUGCUGGCUUAAGCCAAACUCUUGUCUUGCAGAUGUAGAAAUUGUUGCUUUGUUUCUCUGAUAAAACUGGUUUUAGACAAAAAUAGGGAUGAUCAGUCUCCUUAGACCAUGCUAAUGCUAAUAGAGAAGAAGCAUUCAUUUCUUUCUUCUAUGUGAAACUUGAAAUGAGGAAAAGCAAUUCUAGUGUAAAUCAUGCAAGCGCUAUAAUUACUAUAAAUAAGAAAAUUGAAGAAGAUUCAAUCACUGUAUAGAAUGGUAAAGUACCAACUCAUUUCUUAUAUCAUAUUGUUAAAUAAACUGUGUGCAACAGACAAAAAGGGUGGUCCUUCUUGAAUUCAUGUACAUGGUAUUAACACUUAGUGUUCGGGGUUUUUUUGUUAUGAAAAUGCUGUUUUCAACAUUGUAUUUGGACUAUGCAUGUGUUUUUUUUCCCAUUGUAUAUAAAGUAUCGCUUAAAAUUGAUAUAAAUUACUGAAGUUUUUAAUAUGUAUUCUGUUCUUUAAGAUCCCUGUAAGAAUGUUUAAGGUUUUUAUUUAUUUAUAUAUAUUUUUGGAGUCUGUUCUUUGUAAGACAUGGUUCUGAUUGUUCGCAUAGAGUGGAGAGGCCGGGGCUGCGGUCGUGGUGGCCGUGCGGGUGGCGGCUGGGGUACGUCCCAGCCUGGUCGCCUUCCUUCCCAGACUGAGGUGGCAGCUUGGCAGUAGCCACGCCGAUCGGAUGCUCACAGGUGAAUUUCGUCCCUGCCACGCCAGGGUUCUGAGGCAGCACUUUGCCUCCGGCCCAGUCUCCCCAUCCUUCCUCCUGUUGCAGCCAGCUCUCUGUUUGGGGAGGGCUUCCUGCCCUUUCUUCAGGCAGUCCCUCCCCCCUCUAUACACAAAUCCCAGAUCUGAUGCAAAGGGUGCUCAUGGAACUCCAGGUGGCUACCGACGCCCCCUCUCCCCUGAAAUCCUUUGUCCAGUAGGGAGGAUGCCUCCAUCCGCCUGUCUUGUGGGGCCUCAGUGAGGCCCCCAUAGGCCGUGUGCCACCUGGAACAGAUCCUGCCACCAGCCCAGCUGUGGGUGACCUUACUGAGUAAGGUGACUCAGAAAGAUUGCAAAGCCAGCUUAGAGGAGGACGUCAGCAGGGGACUGGCGUGAACCCCUGGUCUGCUGCUCCCUCUCCCCCCACCCCCCAGAACUUUUUUGUAAUCCCUGUCUUCCAGCCAAAGGGGUGGUUUCUGAUAGGGGUAGGGACUGAGGUGUUAACUGUAGAAAUCAUGGCCCAAAUAGCUUCCUUUUUGGCCCUUAACGUUCACAGAAGUAUUUUCAGAAUACAUCAUACUUGAGUUGGGAAUCUAAAUUUGAGGAAUCCUUCAGAGAACUUGGAAGGGUGCAAUGUAGUAUUAGCACGGAGUUUUUGAGUCUUGGUUUUUUAAUUAUGUGGAUUUGCUAAACCAGGUAAAGAUAAGGCCGCCAUCGAGCAUCCCUGACCCACCCCCCCCACCCCACCCCCGUCUCCACCCCGUCCUCUUGCCUCCAGAACCUGCCAUCCUGCUCAACUUGCACAUUCGCGGUCCUCUUCGGAGUCCCCUUCUCUGCUGAUGGGGGAUUCCUGAGCCAUGUGUUCAAACCAGAAGUGGAGCCGGAGCCCUGGAGAAGCUGUUCCAAGCCCACGCUCAGAGGGGGUGCUCGCCAGUGUGCAGCCUUUUAACGUGGGCAGUGGAGACGUCUUUUUCAGGUUAUCCUGGAAUUCAAAACUCUAUGUACCAACCUCUUCCUUGUUGGAAUCUGCAUCCUAUGCAACUGUCCAUCCGGGUGUCAAUGGAUGUGGCUGAGGGUGUGGGCUAUGGAUACUAACCUUAAACCUGUCCUAAGGAAAUUUCUGUAAGAGCUGGAGAGCCCAGACGCUGUGUCUCAUGCUGUAUACUUGAGAGGAGAAGAGAAAAAGUCCUAUAUUUGUGAUCAAAAAGAGGGAACUUGAAAUGUGCUGGUGUUUAUAAUAAAAGCUGGUAAAACUG